AUGGUUGCAUUCUCGGACUUCCUGAAGAUGCUUUCUGAAGCUCUUGUUGAGCAAAAUGGUCUUCAUCUAGCAUACCUGCUACGACCGACAAGCCCACACGCGAAAGACAUGGUUAAAGCUUUCAGAAACCCUACACGUCAGUCGCUUUCAGCGUACGAAGGUUCCUUAGUUUCUCCCUGGGACGAAAUCGCUAUUUCCUAUGUCAUCGUUGUGAACCACGUUGCAAAUGACAGGCCGGCCGAUGCAUUUAAGGAGCAUUCAUCACUCGUCUCCUCAUUCUUCCGAUUCUUUACUAACAAUACUGGGUGGACUUUACCUGCGUUGUUCGCAAUCUUGAGAGACCUGCGUGAUAUCGCUUAUGACGCAGACACUGCGAACAACCAAACCGAAUGUAUGGAGGAGGCGGCCCGUAUUUUAACGAAGGCAUUUACACAUUGCGUAACAGACAGGACCUCGCCUCCCGCCGAGUCGCGGAAGUGGGGUAUUUAUUAUGUUGUCGGAUUGGUGAUGAAAUGUUACUUCCGAGUAAAACGAAUAGCUCUGUCACGUAACAUUCUUCGAGCACUAGAAGCAAACAGAGAUAUACCUCCUCUAUCGUCUUACCCGAGAGCGCACCAGGUUACUUACAGGUAUUAUAUUGGCGUGAUAGCGUUCCUCAAUGAAGACUUCGAAAAGGCCGAGCAAGAGCUAACGUGGGCAUUUUACAACUGUCAUAUCAAUGCAGACGCGAAUCGACAACGAAUAUUGUCCUGCUUGAUUCCAAUGCGUAUUCUGCGUGGACAUCUACCUUCAGACGAGCUUCUGGAUCGCUUUCCUGUAUUGUCGGAGGUUUAUUCGCCUUUCAUUUCCGCAAUACGCAAGGCAGACAUCAAGGCUUAUGAUGCUGCAAUGGCCAAGUGGGAGAAGAAAUUAUUAGAGCUAAAUGCUUGGCUAAUUUUUGAGCGAGCGCGUGAACUUGCGAUACGAGGGCUCUUCCGAAAAGUUUGGAUAUUACUUGACCGUAAUACACGUAUCCCGAUCAAUAUGUUUCACUGCGCAACUCGCGUAGUUGGCGAAGAUGUUGAAGUAGAAGAGGUGGAGUGUUACCUUGCGAAUAUGAUUUACAAGGGAUUUAUCAGGGGAUACAUUUCGCAUGAAAAGCAGACGGUCGUUUUAGCUGCAAACGGACCCUUUCCUAGGGUGGCUGAUCGCAAGAAUCCGUUUAUCUCAUGA